AUGGCGGCACCACUACCACCACCUACACCUACGACGGUCACACCGCCACCGGCGUCAUUGUACGUAGGGGAUUUGCAUCCGCAGAUCGACGAUCUGCAACUCAGCAACGCCUUCUCAGAGUACAAGAGUCUCUCUUCGGUACGCGUUUGUCGUGAUUCAUCCACCGCCCGUUCUCUCUGUUAUGGAUAUGUCAACUUUCUUUCUUCUCAAGAUGCCAUCCAUGCUAUCGAGUCUAAGAAUAACACCAUGUUGUAUGGGAAGAUGAUAAGGGUAACAUGGUCUCAUCGCGACCCUGAUGUGAGAAGAAGUGGAAUUGGAAACGUGUUUGUCAAGAAUUUGAACGAGUUGAUUGACAAUGUCCAACUUCAAGAACUGUUUAAAAGUUUUGGUAAUAUAUUGUCUUGUAAAGUGGUUACACUUGAGGACGGUAAGAGCAAAGGGUAUGGUUUCGUUCAGUUUGAUUCUGAGGAAUGUGCAAAUGCUGCAAUUGAGAAACUCAAUGGCACUAAUGUUGGAGGCAAGCAGAUAUACGUAGGGAAAUUCAUGAAGAAGAGCGAUCGAGUAUUACCGAGUCCUGAUGCUAAGUACACGAAUCUGUACAUCAAGAAUCUUGACUUGGAUAUGACAGAAGACAUUCUUGAGAAAAGUUUCGCUAAAUUUGGAAAAAUUGUUAGCUUGGUUAUAGCAAGAGAUGACAGUGGUGUUUCAAGGGGGUUCGGUUUUGUGAACUUUGAAAACCCGGAGGAUGCUAGGAAGGCAGCAGAAGAUAUGAACGGGCUGAACCUCGGUUCAAUGGCUUUAUACGUUGCCAGGGCUCAGAAAAAAGCUGAGAGAGAACAAAUCUUGCGACGUCAAUUUGAGGACAUAAGGAAAGAACAAAUAUUAAAAUAUCAGGGUUCAAAUGUGUAUGUGAAGAAUAUUGAUGAUGAUGUCACUGAGGAUGAGCUGCAAGAACACUUCAGUCAGUGUGGCACAAUCACAUCUGCUAAAUUGAUGUGUGAUGACAAAGGAGUGAGCAAGGGUUUUGGUUUUGUCUGCUUCUCUGCACCAGAUGAGGCAAUCAAGGCUGUGAAUACCUUCCAUGGAUAUAUGUUCCAUCGAAAGCCUUUGUAUGUAUCCAUUGCUCAAAGAAAAGAAGAGAGAAAAGCACAAUUACAGAUUCAGUAUGCACAGCGUAUGGUUGGACUUGUAGGUCCAUCUACUGUCAUCCCUGGUGAUUAUCCUCCUCUUUACUAUACAACCCCUUCUGGUAUCAUUUCGCAAGUGCCAGCACGACCAGGGGUGAUGUAUCAACCUAUGGGCAUCAGGCCAGGAUGGAGGGCUAAUGGUUUUGCACCUCCAACAAGGCCAGUUUUUCAGCCAUCACCUAUCCCUUUUAUUCCUAAUGGUCCAAGACCACACAGAAAAAAUAGAGGGAGGAUGAAUGGACAGAUGCAGCAGCCACCAUACAUGCCACACUUGCAACAGCCAUCUCAGACAUCCAAAGACUCAUUUAGCAACCCCCAGUGGGCAGGACAAGCGAAACAUGCACCAAAUGGCCGUGGCCGUGAUAUUAACAAAGGAAUUGGAUCAUCUUCUGGUGCUUCAAAUUCUGGUGGAUCAGUGGGCGAGGGAUCUGAGAUGUUGAGUAGUAUGCUUGCUGCUGCUUCUCAGGAGAUCCAAAAGCAGAUUCUAGGCGAAUGCCUCUACCCUCUUGUCAACCAACACAAGCCUGAUUUAGCUGCAAAGAUAACGGGAAUGCUAUUGGAGAUGGACAACUCAGAACUGCUAUUGCUAUUGGAGUCGCCGGAAUCUUUGGCGGCCAAGGUGGAGGAAGCUGUGCAGGUACUGAAGCUCUCAAAGACCAAAGUAUCCACCACCCAAGACUCUCUUCAUCCCAAUAUCUUAUCUGCUGGUGUGGCCGUCAACUAAUUCAUUUCCCAACUCUUUAAACUUAUUUAUGAGC